GAGGCGUCCGAUUACAGCCGGAUCGAGUGACGCUGCUCACCAGCCUGAAGCAUUCGGCGAGUCUGCACUUUGCCCCUGCAUUUAGACUGGGGGAAACAGCCGAAAACAAAAGCGUCAAGAGACAAGUUUGCCAAGUGGAAGAAUACCGGGGCUAGUUGUCUCCUUGGAUGCAGAGAAGGCAUCUGAUCAGUGUUGUAGCGGACGGACCGAGGGAGCUGCUGCAGCCUGAGCCCCGGAGCCAAGAUGCACACCACCCAGAAGGACACCACCUUCACCAAGAUCUUCGUCGGCGGGCUGCCCUACCACACCACGGACGCGUCGCUCCGCAAGUACUUCGAGGUGUUCGGCGAUAUCGAGGAGGCGGUGGUGAUCACGGACCGGCAAACCGGCAAAUCCCGCGGAUACGGCUUUGUGACCAUGGCUGACCGGGCGGCGGCGGAGAGGGCAUGCAAAGAUCCCAAUCCCAUCAUCGACGGCAGGAAAGCCAAUGUCAACCUGGCCUACCUCGGGGCUAAACCACGCAUCAUGCAGCCGGGUUUCGCUUUCGGAGUACAGCAGAUUCACCCCGCUUUCGUCCCCAGGCCCUAUGGGAUCCCCACUCAUUAUGUCUACCCACAAGCCUUUAUGCAACCUGGAGUCGUCAUCCCGCAUGUGCAACCUGCAGCUGCUGCGACCCCUUACAUUGACUACACUGGGACUGCCUACGCGCAGUAUUCCGCAGCCACAGCUGCUGCUGCUGCUGCUGCCGCCUAUGAGCAGUAUCCAUUCGCCGCAAGCCCUGCUGCCGCAGCAGCAGCUGCUGGUUAUGUCACUGCCGCCGGGUACAGCUACGCAGUGCAGCAGCCCAUGCCCAAUGCAGCUCCUGGGGCAACUGCUGCUGCAGCCUUCAGCCAGUACCAGCCACAGCAGCUGCAAACUGACCGCCUGCAAUAACAGUGGUACUUUUUUUAAAAAAAACCUAAAAGUACACCAUACUUUUAGAAUCAUGAGAGCAACCAUAUAUUCCAGCACUCCUCAACUAUUACAACUACAGGACAUAAAUAAAUGGACAUGGGGUGGGAGACAAAAGUAUACUACUUUCUGAUUGCGAGGAAAAAUAUUUUUGCAGCUUUGAUUACUACAAACAAUUGUGCUCUACACUGUCAUAGCACAAGAAGAUGGGAUAGCAGAAUAUGCUUUUUUGUUUACGAUCAAGAAAUCUUUUAAAAUGCAAGUCCAAAGCCUUCAACCAGCCUGCAACAUUCAUGUAUUAACAAUGGGACAUAAUGUAGUAUAACUGUGUUCCAACCAUUUCAUCAGGGAAAAUGCUGCGAUUCUUUCAGUGUGUAACAACUGCAGGAGCUGUAUGCAAUAAUGUGUGAUAUGCAAUAAUAAUUUAAAUAAUAAAUGAAAUGUGCUCGUCAAGGGGUCAGUGAGAUACUGAAACGAUUCUACAUUAUAGUAAUGACUACCAAUUCAAUUUAAAAGCACUGAAUGUCAUUUUUUUUAAAACUCUGACCUAUGCAAAGUAUUUGAGAUAUUUGAAGUGUCUCUUGGGCAUCGAACAAUCAAAGCACAUGACCAUGUGGCAUGAUGGACAGGCACCAACACUAUUUAUUUUUUAAAAUAUAUUCUUCGCUUCUAUGCACGAAUAGAACUCUGAGCAAGUGAUCUGGAUUUAAUGGACAGAACAGCUGUGCGGACAAUUAAUAAGGUAGACAGUUCUGGAAAUACACAUCACUUGUGCAUGUUUGAUGACUUGUCACAUUUUAAUCCCCCCUGUCCUGUUUCACUUUUCGGGAAACUUUAACUGCUGCUGUCAGCACUUUGGAUUCUGAAAUCAGAUCAGUCCCUAACAAUAACAGUCUCCUCUUUCUGUUUUACUGCAUCUGUCCAUGGUCAUUGAUUGAAAGCAAAAAGGAAAAAAGAAGUGAAUUUUAUUAAUCAUUGAUUGAAACUGUGCCUUAUAAAAAUACUGUAUUGUAAUACUAUUUUAAAAUUAUUUAUUGUGAAUGUUUUUACAGUACGCACACUAAAGGGGACAUAAGUGCGAAACUGUAUAUGUAUUCAGCUCAUUGCAAUAAAUUAUUAAAUAGGUAUUAGUUUAUAAUGUUAGAGCAUAGCAAUCUUCAAAAUGUUGACUCCAGUUUAUUUAAAAUAUUUCUAUGACGCACUGUU